AUGUAUCUCACCGCGAAUCUCCUGGUUGCCCCGUUCAUGGUCGGGCCGGAAGGUAUUUAUUGGUUGGAUUCAGCAGAGACGAGGGCGCAGCGUGCUGAAGUGGCUGCUUCUCCCUUUCGCGGUUAUCGUCGUGGGCGUGCGCAGCUUGGAGCAAUGUCCACAUAUCAUGAAGGUCAGUUCACAUCUGAUUUUACUGCUUCUUGGCAGAAGUUCGCAUGUUUCCAUGGUAAAAUUUGUUGCGACUUCGCAGUCGAUCCGGAUUUAGUCGUUGACCUCUGUGGAUGUACGAUAAUUUUCUGUUUUGCAGGUGUUUCGUGCGAUGGUUGCAUGGCUCAGAAUUUCUCCGGCGAUCGCUUCAAAUGCCUUCGAUGUUAUGACUACGAUCUUUGCGAGCACUGUUAUAAGGAGGAGCAGAAGAAGCUGUCAAACGAGGGGCCUGUAAGCGAGAGCGCCGAAAUACCCGAAUCAAACGAUCAGCAUUCGCAUCGGCAUCCAAUGCAGUGCAUCCUAACACAACAUGACUUUGAAAUCAUAUAUCACGGUGAUCCCGAAAAGGACUACAGUCGCCUUCGAGCUGUGAUUUUUACGUGCCCGGUAUGCGGUCAUAUUGGCUUUGCACGUGAAAAUCUUAUCGCGCAUAUCGUGGAAAAUCAUUCUGAACCAUCCGGUUUCCAAGCAUGCCCAAUUUGCAUUUGCACCGAUUUUCUUCGCAUUGGUCUCGGCGACUACAUUCCGGGCCAUAUCAUGGACAUAGCGGGACACAUGCGUGAACAGCACAUGCAGAAUGAGCCAGCCACUGUACCACCAAUUAACAGCCAGUCGACUGGUAUCAGCAACGUCGAUCGUCUUAUCAGACGCUCGAUUGUGCAGCACACUCUUGCUGCUCGUGCUUCGAACGCGGCCGCGCGUGCUGCUGGCAAUGCUUCGUCGGCGAGUGCUGCUGGGUCGAUGCGGAUCACUGCAAAUUUAUCAUCUGAUGAUUCUACGCUUGAAGCCGCUAUAAAUGCACAACCGGGACAACGAAUUGAUGCGGCAGCUUUUGUACUAAGCGAAAACAAUGCGAUGCGAACGGACUCUGUAACCGAAGAUCCACACACUGUUCAACUGAGGCCAGAUUCCGAGAUUGCUUCAGAAGGCAGAGCUGCUUUCCGAACUUUCCAGUAUCCAAUCACGGCUUAUUUGGCUCCAAUUUCCGAUGGAGAAGCACAAGGAAAUCAAGAAGGCUCGGGAGAUCAAGCAGGUCAGGAAAAUUCUAAUGAAAAUAACGACAGUAUAUUGGAGCAGAGCAGAGGAAUAGUGCGUGAGCGUAACCUUGGAGUUGGUGCUUGGCCACUUGCGCGUGAUACACGUCGUGGAAGAGGAGCGAAUAAUGUUGGUGGUGAUACAGCCUCAAAUCUGUGGGAAGAGCUGCCAGCUGUGACUGGAGAACAGUCACCUUUGCCAUCUUACAUCGAAAUAAGCAGCGACGAAGAGAAUGAAUUAGUAACCGACGCCCUUUUGGCGGGACAGAAUGAAGAUGUUAGCGAAAGCUGGUUCUCGAAUACUGCUCGACGCUACGCGAGCACCCGUCCCUUAGCGGUUGAUGCGGACCAAGACGCUAACGAUGUGCUAGCACUGGGAACUGGCAUGGGACGAAGCCACAGCGGCACUGCAUUGCCGGUGGUCGAAAUAGACUUUUCAGGUGUCGGUAACGACUCGUCUUUAGAUGAAACGGAGCGGAGCAGCCGCAGUACAGAACCGUUAGACAUCGUAAUGGAACGGAGCGGCAGCGAAACCGAACUUUCGGCGGUUGAAUUCGAUUAUUUUAGUAGCGAGAGCGGUUCGGUGGCAGCCGAAACUGGACGAAACGGCAACAGACUGGAACCAUUCGGAAUUGAAGUGGGUCGAAGCCGUAGUGGCUGCAGUAUCCAGAAAUCGGUGAUGGGUGGUUCGGCGCGAACGCGAAGAAGCAGAGGCCGCAAUCCGAAGUCUCCGAAGUAUUGGACGCUGUUCACAGCACUGGCCAGACCGUCUGGUUUGCCUGUUUUACAAAUUGAAAGAGCGCGUGGCCUAAAUUCAGACAGUACGGCAGAAAAUGUGUAUGAUGAAAGCAGCGGUGUGAGCAAUCAGUCAGCAGCCGGCGAAAGCGCUGUAGUUCCUCAGCUGACGUUGGGCGACGCUGCUGCCGGCGACCAUGCAGCAGCGGGCGACGCUGCUACCAGUGAUCGUGCAGUAACUGGUUAUACUGGUGCAGAUUCGUCAGUUUUGUUGCCUAUACGUGUUGGUCGGCCGAUUCGAAGCAUUUAUGCUCAGUGGAAAAGGAAUCAAGCGCAGGACCUAUCUCGUCGCAGUGAGGAAGAUGAAAUCAGUGACUUGUGGUCGGAUCGAAUCACUGAACGUAUUCUUGCAGACUUAGCAGUGCGACAUCCUCCUCCUAGUCAUUCGACGAUUGUUAGUAGCAGCCUGAGGCGUGAAACAAAUCCGUCUGUUCAAGAUUCUCAGACAUUUGGAAGGCAGGCAGAUUUGACGAAUGUUAGUAGCAGCGUCAGACGUGAGAAUGGGAACGUCAUUGCACCGCCCGGUAUCGGAUCGCGUCACACCCAGGGGUUAAUUCGCCGUGAGGACCAUACACCACCGCCAAGCGCUCAUUUACCUCCAAAUGCUCAGUCGAGCAGUCGUCCUGCUGGUGCGCGUUAUAAUCUUGCUCCUGCACCUCCCACCUCUGCGGGCGAUCAGAGAAAUCAUAAAGCGGUGAAGCUGUCUGGGAAAGAAAAUGAAGAGCGGGAUGAUGAGUAUGAUAAAUGGAUUCAGCACGCCUUCAAGCCUUUUGAUAUCGAGUCACUGAUCGGUGGCAGAUACGUCGCCAGUCAGCGCCGCUACAAGUUCUCUCAAGCCAAACUGCCGGAACAAGCAAUUCUUGCUUGGCUGAAGAAAGAACACGAAUUGGACCUCUCAACCGAUCUGUCAGAUCUUAAGUUGGACACAGAAAUAAUUGAGCUUUUGAAACAAAUCCCAGAAUUUUCCAACGAUGGUUCGUUUGUCAUGCUGAUAUUUUAUCAUUGCCUUAAAGCGCAUAGUCCUAGUGAUGUUUCCAAAAAUUAA